GGUGGCGUUUUGGAUGAGCCAUGUCCCGGGGUACGGACUAAGUGGCGGCGGCGCGGCGCGGUUCCCGGGUGCAUGGCCCCUUGUUCUCGGAUGAUGAAUACUCUGCCGGGCUCCCUGCCCCGGGACACCAAGGAAAGGGAGACGGGCUGGGAAGCGCCAGGGAACGGGCCGGCGGACAGCAAGGGGUUGCGGGCAGCCAGCCUCCCGUUCAGCGUCGAGUCGUUGAUCUCUGAUCGCAAGCCCAGCCGGACAGCUGACCCCCCCGCGCAGCCCACCCUCACCACGGAACAACCCUGCUCCCGGACUGAACACCCGAACAAACGGCACUCGGAGCCCGGAGCCGAUGACCCGGCACCGCGCCGAGCGGACAGUCCCACCGACAAGGAAGAGCGGGCCUGGGCCUCGGACGUUGCCUACUCGCCCUCGCCGAGAGCGGCCAGUCCGGCCCCAUGCGCGUUGCGCAAACACAAGAACAACAGGAAGCCGAGGACACCCUUCACCACGUCGCAGCUGUUGUCGUUGGAGCGCAAGUUCCGCCACAAACAAUACCUGUCGAUCGCCGAGAGAGCAGAGUUCUCCAGCUCGCUCAACCUCACCGAGACUCAGGUGAAGAUUUGGUUCCAGAACCGGCGGGCCAAGGCCAAGCGGCUUCAAGAGGCCGAGCUGGAGAAACUCAAACUGUCCGCCAAGCCGCUCCUGCCUUCCUUCGGCCUCCCCUUUCACCUGGGGCCUCAUCUCACCGGCCCCUCGCUCUACGGACCGACCACCCACUUCCAGCGGCCGGCGCUGCCAAUCCCCGGACUCUUCACUGCCCCCGUCACGUACGGCAUGUAUUAUUUAUCUUAGAGCCCUUGGACACCGGCCUGCCCGCCCGCCCGUGGAGAGCGGAGACACGGCCUGUCCACCUCGCCUCGCCUCGCCUGUCGACAAUAGGUCUAGAGCGGACCCUCGCCUCUCGCCGAGACAGUCACCUCAAAAAAGCUCAAUUCAGCACAAAAACACGCACUAGAACCGUCCACCGUGAGCCGCGCGGACCGACGCCGCCGUGUCUCCAGCUCCACUUGUUCCACGGACAACAUUUUUCCCUUGGACCUCCAGCGGUUCCCCAACGUGAAUGUGGGGGCGACUUCACCGGCCGCCGCGCCGCAGACCGCGACCCCGAACCGGGCACAAAGUGUCGGAGAACUCCAGGGGAGGGAGUGGACAGACGAAGCUUUGUCCCCUCUCGGCACAGUGAUUAGCCCGGCCCCGGGCGGCCGGUAGCGGCGGCUGGGUGAAGCCCGAACGGCGGAGAGGUUCCCGAGGUUCCCAAUCAUCCGCUUUCCAACAGAAUCUAUUGAGCGACAGACGGGCCGACCGCGGGCCAAUUGUUUACCAAUAUUAAAUAUAUAUUUUAAGUGCAUUUAAAUAUGUUAAGAAUUGUUUACAUUUUCUUAAAUAGUGUACAGGUUUCUUGUACAGAAGUCAGGAGGAUUCUACGUUUUGUACAUUGAUCUUCAAUAAACUUGCGUUUCUUUUUCUAACUCC